AUGGCACCGACUGCUUGUUUGCCAGCUGAAAUAUGCACCACUAUCAAACAUAUUCCCGACAAAAACGACUAUAAUCUCAAUUGGGAUCAUGGUCAAUUCAGCUAUCAUGGAGAGGACGAUCAGCCGCAGUCUAGGUUGGCUGCCAAGGAGCUUAUCCUGGACGUCCUGAAGAAGCGUGCGUCUGAGGUGGACGUGGACGCGUGCGCCCCGGGCGCCGAAGAUGCCUUUUAUGUGGCAGAUAUGGGCGAGAUUUACCGCCAGCAUCUGCGUUGGAAACUGAACCUAAGCCGUGUCCGGCCCUUCUACGCCGUCAAGUGCAACCCGGACCCUGAAAUCCUCCGCCUCAUGGCCAAGCUCGGCAACGGUUUCGACUGUGCCUCUAAGGCGGAAAUUGACCUGGCUCUCGAGACUGGUAUCGAUCCGAGCCGCAUCAUUUACGCGCAGCCUUGCAAGACCAAGUCGUACCUGCGCUAUGCAGCCAAGAUGGGCGUGAAGCAGAUGACCUUCGACAAUGCCGAUGAACUGUACAAGAUCAAGUCAUGCUACCCUGACGCAGAGCUAUACUUGCGCAUCCUUACGGAUGAUUCUUCCAGCAUGUGCCAGUUUAGUAUGAAGUUUGGAGCAUCGAUGGAUGUCGCUCGUCACCUGCUGGAGGUUGCGUACCAGCUCGAGCUGAAGGUUGUUGGUGUGAGCUUCCACGUCGGGUCUGGUGCUGAAGACCCGAAGGCCUUCCUGAAGGCCGUGCAGGACGCGCGGCUGGUCUUCGAUCAAGCCGCUGAGGUGGGCCACGAGCUUCACACUCUCGAUGUUGGUGGAGGUUUCAGCCAGGAUACCUUCGAAAAGUUCGCUGGUGUUCUCAGUGACGCUCUGGAAGUCUACUUCCCGCCGAACAUCCGUGUCAUUGCCGAGCCCGGCCGCUACUACGUUGCCAGCGCCUUCACCUUGGCUGCCAAUGUGAUUGCUCGUCGUGACGUGCGGGACCCCGAGAACCCGACGCAGGAUGCGUACAUGUUGUAUCUCAAUGACGGGGUGUAUGGAAACUUUUCCAACAUCAUCUUUGACCAUCAGCACCCUGUGGCUCAGGUCUUGACCUGCGACCCUGAUGUCAAUCCUCCGAAUGCUGCGACUUCGGAGGGCAUCGCUUACUCUAUCUGGGGGCCGACCUGCGAUGGCAUCGAUGUCAUCAGCAAGCGCAUUAAUCUUCCGGCCCUCCUGAACGUAGGUGAUUGGCUGUACUUUGAGGAUAUGGGAGCCUACACCAAGUGUAGCGCGACCCGCUUCAAUGGUUUCUCGGACAACCACGAGGUGAUCUAUAUCUCCAGCGAGGCUGGAGCUUCUGCUCUCCUCGAGUACUAG